UCUUCACCAAGCGCUCUUGCGUUGCAUCUCUUAGGCCACAACACCGCCAAUCUCAGCUUAAAAACACGUCGUUCGAGUCACCAACGCGCGAGUUGAAAUAUUUCGCGUCGCAAUGUUACAGUUUGAGGACGAAAUCUCGGAGAGACUGGGUCUAAACCUACAGAAUUUGGACUCAAACAACAAUACGAGUGAAUCAGAUUCUCGGGGUGAUAAAUAUUCUUUGAGACCUCGAUCUAUGAGAAGAAAAAACGUUUUGAACGACUUCGAAGAAAUCCCUCUGUGUCCUCAAAAAUCUUCGGGCGGUUCAUCGAAAGCAGUUAAGACAAAAUCAGCUCCUCUGAGUAAAUAUCGUAGAAAAACGGCGAACGCUCGCGAACGGAGUAGGAUGCGCGAAAUAAACAUGGCCUUCGAGGCUUUGAGGAAGGCCGUGCCUCAAAUCGCUCCAAACCAACAGCAAAACGAGAAACUAACGAAAAUAACGACCUUAAGGUUGGCGAUGAAGUACAUUUCGGCACUCUCGGCAGCUCUGAGUAGUUCUGGCGAUUUUCCGGCAGGAAGGCAGGACAUUUUUUCCGAAUGUGUUGAACUGGACUCGUUUUUAUUGGAGUCGGACGGUGAGUCAGUGCCAGUGAACAGUGAGGGAUCGGAGCACUCACUCACGCCCCAGGAUUUCGCGGUGGAUUUCGAAGAUUCGCUCACGUCCAUGGAUUUUUCGCCGGAUUUUUCCGAUCACCUGCACUUCGACACGUUUUUGACGGAUUUCAGCUAACAUGAACAGUUUGUUGCGUUAACUUUCUGGAUAUUUAAUAGUGUCGUAUUUUGUUUGUCAGUAAAAAACUUUUUGCGCUUAGCGCUUUUUUCCUUGCUUAUUUUAUCAGAGUGAAAAAAUAAUAUAUUGUUUUCUUAGGAGUAAAAAUUAUAGGUACGUUUUGCGCCGAGGCUGUUUUUACUCCGAAUAGAACAAGCUAUUUUUUUUCAAACGUUACAAAUAUUUUUUAAACAAUUUCAACCAUUCCAAAUAGUAUAAAAAUAUUUAAAAGUAAUACCCUCUAAGAAAUUAUAUAUCAAGAAACUAAAAAAAAUACAUUAUUAAACUGACAUAAAGAAUUGGACAUUUUAUGUCAGUUUAAUAAUAUAUUUUUGUACGUUUGUGCUGAGGCGUAAAAGUGUUUUACUUUUAUGCCUAGAUGUUAAAAUGAGUUUUUUAUAUUGUCAAUCACAUCGCAAAAACUAAUACUUUUGUGACGUUCGAAAAAAAAUCACAUUGUUUUAACUAAUUCCAAAAAAUGGGCUCAAUCAGUCAAUCAAAUUAAAUAAAACUGGUAUUUUAUACUAUUAGCUGUAAAAGUUGUGUUAAUGUAUUAAGAAUUAGUACAGAAUAAAAUAAUUAUGCCGUAACUUUUAAAAAGUAGCUAAUUGUGACUAACAAAUUUAUAUUUUUUAUUAUACUACCAAUCUUGGUAGAACAUCGAGUUAAUGUAACAGAGUUUACUAGAUGGAAAUUCAAAAUAUCCAAAUUUUGUUUUGCCAACAAUUUAUUAUUACCUUCUUGACUUAUUUUUCCCAUUUUUUAUCAAUCAUAAUGAGUUCAGCUAAGCAAGAAUAAUUAACUAUUUUGAAAUGUAUAGUUGAUAGUGUCUCUUUUUAUCAGUUUUUUAUCGUAAGAAUCGUUAUUUCAAAGUUUUAAACUCAAAAAUUUAAACUUUUUUUUACUGAAUUCUACUUUCCAAAGUUUUUUUGUUUUGU